CGGGCUUGACGCAGCUGCCUCUCAGGGGGAGGAGGAGGGCAAUCCCUGCUUUUAUUUUUCUUUCCAGGCGACCACAGUGAAACACAAAAACAAACUUGAACCAGACGGGCUCUGGGUCAACUCUUGAGUUUACGCCCUCGUCUGAAGUGAAGACAUUGAAGAAUUCGAGGUUAAGAGAACAUAUUGUGCACCAGCCUGCAUACUGUUGAGCACAGAGGAGAGCGUCAGCCAAGAAAAAAAAAAAAAACGACCGUUUGGAAAUUAAUUUAUGCGUCAACGAGUGCGCACUUUACGCACAGCGCGCACCAUGAAACUUUAAGAUGUGGGAUCACGUCGCCUGUUGUUGUUCAUGUGUUGUGAUUCAGUGGUUGCUGUUAACUCUUGUGGGCUCAGUCAAGCCAUGUGUCGUGGCUAAACAGUAAAACGCACUCCACAGUGUUUAUCAGAGGAGGCUGAUUUGACCGAACGCAACAUGGGUGCCAAACAGAGCAGCCCGGUUUAUGAUGCCAGGACUCGGGCUUAUUCCAGCUCGGACCUCCCGUCUGGACACUCCAGCGGCAGCAGGGACAGGGUGACGGGGUUCAUGUUCACCUCCAGUGGGCCCGACGGCCCUCGGAUCCAGUACACAGAUGGAAGGCCGGCCGUCUCCGGGCUCAGUAUACCGAGCAGCGGCAGGUCAGGGUCACAUGGACACAAUCAAAGCCUCGACGGCACCGAUGGUGAUGACGAGGGCCAAAUAUCUCCUGAGGGCCCCAGGCUGCUUAUAGGGUCCCUACCGGCCCACCUGUCCCCUCACCUACUGGAAGGGCUCCACUGUCCUGUGUGCUCCAAGCGUAUGGCGUCCGAUGAGAUGGAGAAGCAUCUGCUCAUGUGUUUCAGCCAAAGUCGCCUUUCCUACAACAAGGACGUCCUGUCCAGAGACUCCGGGGAAUGUGCCAUCUGUUUAGAGGAGCUGGAACAGGGAGAAACCAUUGCCAGGCUGCCCUGCCUCUGCAUCUACCAUAAAGGGUGUAUAGAUGAGUGGUUUGAGGUGAAUCGCUCGUGUCCGGAGCACCCCUCCGACUAGUGGCUGCUAGAGCACAGCUUGGGACUGCUGUACAUCACUGUGGUGCCCCGACCUCAUCUCAACACUGUCUGUGCCAACCGAGCAUCAACGCUCCUCAGGGAUCGUAAGACAUUAACCGUGCGCGGGACUUUUGAUGUUGCCUCAAGGAACAGCUAUGAAACUCUGGAGGCGUUGCUCUCGACGUGGGACGCUCAGAGGACCGCCGGUGGACUCACUCGGUCUCCAAAUGUGAAACGGAUGUUGCUUGUGCCCCCCUGCUGGCCUGAAACGGGCUCAUGCGACUUCGGCGUACGCGCAAACACACACACGCUGAUCUCAUCGAGCAGCCUUCCGGAUCAGAGUGUGUGUUUUAUAGCAGAAGACUUGUAUAGUUAACGUAAGGGGAGCAGAGUGUCGCUGCUUUCCAGCAGAACGCCAAGGUUGAUGCUUGUUCUUAGAGACUUGAUCAGAAAGUUGAUGUACAAUGUGAAAACCUGUACCGUCGGCUUUAAAAGAUGAUUAUCUGGGUGUUGAUGCUAGGUAGAUCAUCGCUGUAAAGCAAAAAUGGCUCAAAACUAAAUUUCUUUAAACAAUCAUGUGACCUAGACCAAAUAGACUAGUAUGAAACAGGCUCUGACCGGCCUUAAUGAAUCACUUGUCCAUUCAGAACCGCGGUAAUGUGAUUAUAGUGUAGUGGUGGAACUAACAUUAGGCAAAGACAUAUCUUAUUAUGAUUGAGACUCUCUCCAGGUGUCAUAAUAUGCUGCUAUGUCACAGGUAUCUACUGGAAGGUUUUCCUGUAACCUUUAAGCCUUUGCUUCAUCAUAUUCUGUGUUUGUACUGUAAUGAAUUGCACAA